AGCUCAUCAAUUCCCUAAAGCAUAACAUCCAUACCUGCGGAGAAAGAGAAACGCAGCACACUCAUGACUGUAAUUCAAGAUAUUUUUUCGAUUCUCAUAUGGGUUUUCCUGCAGUGGAUAUUUGUUAAAUGGACUCUCGUAUUCUGAAGCCACUUUUUUUUCAAGCUGAGCGUUCGCUACUUUAUUCUUGCACGGAUUUAACCGUAAAGACGCUUUUGUAAAUUGUGAAUCUUCUAAUGUUCUGACCUGGAAUUGGGAGUCUUCGAAGUGAAAGAUCAUGUAGCCCAAAGAAAAUGGCCUGAUGCUGCAGACGCCACAGGAGACGUAUCCUGCCUGUAUUCUGUUAUGUUCCACCAUGGCUCAUCUGGAAAUCUCUGAGUAGAGUUUGUCCAGUUUCCCUGCUGCUCCUUUCUGUCAGAGAUGGAUUUGGGACACACUGGUUCAUGUGCCUGCACUAACUGCUGGAAGCAUCUGAGCGGCUGUUGCUGAGGGACCUCCAACAGGCCCAGGAUGCCAGGAUGCCCAUCACUCAGGACAACGCCCUCAGCAUCCUCUCACUGCUGGAGAACUGGCAUGGGGCUCAGACCACCAGAUCACAGCAGGAUUACAACCUGAAUCAAGACAAUUCUGGCUACAAGCAGGUGGAUCAGGACUCCUCCCAGAAUGGGGAAGGGGAUAGUGUGUGCAGUAACAGCAGUGUUAACAGUGUUAACCUGGAGGACAUGUCCCUGUGUCGGGCUGCGAUUCAGAAGUUAAUGGAAUACAUAAAGUUCAACUUCAUGGAGGCUGACACUGUUCCAUCAGGCAGCCCAUCCUCUUGCAGGGAGGGGUUAGACGUUGAGGUUCAUGCUGUUUCCCUCAGUAAAGAUGAGGGGGAUACCACUGAGUUUGGCCUCAGUUUCGGGAACAUCCCUAUUUUUGGGGACCCUGAUGGAAGAAAGAAGGGAGGUCCCAGGAGGAGGAGGGACCAGGGCCCCAUCAUGGAUGUGGGCUGUAUCUGGGUGACAGAGGUGAGGAAGAGGAGCCCAGCAGCCCGCUGUGGGGGCAUCAAACUGAGAGAUGAACUCCUAUCACUGAACGGACAGCUGAUGGUGGGAGUGGAUGUCAGUGGAGCGAGUUACCUGGCUGACCAGUGCUGGAACGGAGGCUGUAUCUACUUGAUCAUGCUGCGGCGAGUCAAGCGAAAGGCUCCUCUCCCUCCCUGCAAUGUCAAUGAUAGCAUCAGUACCCCUGUCAGCAGUGACAGCUGUGAAGACCAGCAGCAGGGCAGAGCUACCUAUGAGCCGUCUGACAGCUCGGCAAACUGCAAACGAACGCGCAAGUUUGGUGUCACAUCACGGUCAUCCUUUAACCGAGACAACAGGAACAGUACCGACUUAGAACUACAGAGCUGCUACAAUGGCUGCAAUGGCUCUUCUGUUUCUGCUGAUGCAGGAGUCAGUCUUCCAGGAGACCGCUCAGACUGCAUCCUCGCCACACACACAGCCACAGAGAAAAACCCAGACACGUUUUCUCAGAUGAGAACUAUUUCACAGCGUCUACACAGUGGAUGCACUGCCACCCUGCCUGCAAGGAGUCACAGUCAGCUGUUAGACUGCAAAAUGGAUUCUCUCAGCAGUGAAACUUCAAGCCAGCCCAGAGAGGGCAGCCACAUCUGGAAGAUGCACAUGGUGAAAGGAGAGGAGGGCCUGGGCAUACAGAUAACAGGGGGGCGUGGCUCCAAGCGCUCUCCUCACGGCAUCAUUAUAGCUCAUGUAGAGAAGGCGGGCGCCAUUUACAGAGAUGGUCGUCUUCAUGCUGGUGAUGAGUUGCUGAUGAUUAACGGUCAGUCUCUGGUGGGUCUCACUCAUCAGGAGGCUGUUGCUAUUCUCCGCUCCACUUCUGGUGUGGUCCAGCUGGUGGUGGCCAGCAGGGAGGAGUCAGAUGUGGGCUUUGAGCGCUUUCCAUCAACCAGCCUCCCAGACCUGGUCAGCACCUGCAAUUCCUUGUCCUCCCUGUCUCAGACUGCUGCCUCUCACUCCCCCCAGACCUCCAACUGCAGCACAAGUUUGCACAACCCCUACCUGUUAACUAACUUGGAGAAACUAGAGGGAAAAAGUCAGGGAGAGACACCCAAAGGAUCCUGCUGCAGCCCCACACCCACGAAGCUGUGCAGUCGAUCUCAGGGUGGAAGCAGUCGCUUGGAGUCAGUGGGUGAGGAUGAUGAGCUGCUAGUGGAGAAUGGUGUGAGUGGCUGUGAAGUGGUAAAGAAGCCUCCACCUGGCCGACGUAAACACUCUUUACCUCAACAACUAGAUACUGUUGGAGUGAGACAGGAAUAUCAGAUAAUUAAGAAAUCAGCUCGCUCCCUGAGCACCAUUCAAGUGGAGUCUCCAUGGCGACUGGCACAGCCGUCCAUUAUAUCCAGUAUCGUGCUGAUGAAAGGCCAGGGCAAGGGCCUGGGAUUCAGUAUUGUUGGUGGGCAGGACUCAGCACGUGGCCAGAUGGGGAUUUUUGUCAAAACUAUUUUCCCUCAUGGAGCUGCAGCAGCUGAUGGACGGCUGAAAGAGGGAGAUGAGAUUCUGGAAGUUAAUGGAGAGUCUCUCCAAGGACUCACACACCAACAGGCCAUCCAGACCUUCAAGCAACUGAAAAAAGGUGUCGUGACCCUGACGAUUCGAACUCGUCUGCGCAGUCCCAGCUUGACACCCUGUCCAACCCCCACCCUCCUCAGCCGCUCCAACUCACCUAACUCCAAUACCAGCGGGGGAACACCUGUACCCUCAGGGUUUGAUGAGGCCGACAGCCACAAGGGCCCAGGCCCUGGUCCAAAAGACUGCAUCAUCAUGGAGGUCACACUCAACAAAGAGCCUAGUGUUGGUCUUGGGAUAGGGGUUUGCUGCCUGACCCUGGAUAACUCUGCUCCUGGCAUCUACAUCCAUAGCCUGGCACUGGGAUCAGUGGCAAAGAUGGACGGAAGACUCAGUCGUGGUGACCAGAUACUAGAGGUGGACUCUGUAAGUCUCCGUCAUGCUGCUCUCAGUGAGGCCUAUGCCAUCCUCAGUGAAUGUGGCCCUGGACCUGUCAGUCUCAUUAUAAGCAGACACCCUAACCCCAAGGUAUCAGAGCAGGAGAUGGAUCACAUUAUAGCUCGAUCCACAAACAGGGACAAAAUGAGCAAAAACAGACACUCAUCUCAUUCCCAAGGUGUGUCCUGUAAGAGCCCCUGCCCAACGCUGAAGGACCGGCAGGGAGAGGGCUCCCCUGCUCUCAGCUGGACCAUGAAGAGAUUCCUUGAGCCUGCAAGUAGACAGGGGUCUCUGAGCUCAGAGACAGAGUUAUCUCAGUACUUCUCCCAGGACGUUUCCAGCCACUCGUUCUCGUCUGAUUCCAUGCUGAUGGGCACAAACAGUGAUGAGGCGCUCCACCAGCAGAGCUGCAAUACCUCCAUGGAUGACAACUCAUCACAGCCAAAUGCAUUCCCACCCUGUCUAACAGUAGUGGAGAAUGGCCCUAUGUACAACGCAUCACAAGACAAGACUGCUGUUCCUCUUAGUCACCAGGUGGAGGCAGUUUCCGAGCCCAAUACUGUCUCUAGCCCCACCUCAGUGCGAAGCCCACUCCUCCGACAGCGACGAGUGUUGUGCUUUGAGGAUGAGCUCAGUGAUGAUGAAGACUCCAUCAACACUAAAAACAUUGGGCUCUUCCACAGACCAACAAAAUCUGACUCUGUUAACUUCAAUGAGGCCCAAGCAUCUGAAAUUUGCAAAACUGAGUUAGCAGGUAUAACUUCAGUGUCAUCUUUGGAUAUUAAUGGAAACAGUGAAGAUGGCGAUCUGCUGAGGUGUGGAAGCCAUGAAGUGUCAACACCACUCUAUGGUGGUUUCUCACAGGAAGGUACCGCCAAUAUGUGUGAGUCAUCUGGAUCUAAGUCACCCCUCAUGCCUAUCCGCAAAGCAGGGGGGGCAAGCAGUGUGGGCUCUGGCCCCAGUAAUUUGACCAUCAGUAGUGAGAAUUAUACAAAUCAAGAUGACGGACAGUUGGAGUCAAAGCGCUCCCCAAAGCUUGAGCAUAAAGCUGUGACACGGGUCAAAAGUAUGAUGAGCAUUGAAGCACCAAACCUGCCCCAGCAGCAGAAGUCCAAAGUGGAUGAGCCCUCUCCAGGCCUAGGUCUAUCACAGCCCCCCUCCCAGUUAGUACAGUGUGGAAGAAACCCUAAGGCUUCUGGUGCAUUGGUACCCCAUCAGGACUCUAAGAAGGGAGAUACCAGCGAGCUUGUGGGUGAUUGUACCAUCGAUACUGUGACCCUGAAGAGAAGUGAAGAUGAGUCGUUUGGUCUUGACCUCGAGAUUAUGUCAUCUCCUCUGAAAGUUGUCAUUGCUGGAAUAAAGCCUGGGGGUGCAGCAGAAAGGGAAUCUACGGGAAAGCUGUGUCCUGGAGAUGUGAUUGUAAAAAUUGGAGAAAAAUUGGUGUGCUCCUGUACAUACCAGGAAAUCUGUGAGCUCAUGCAAAACCUUCCCAUUACACUAUCCUUGGAAAUAAAGAGACCAGUUUCAGCUGUAGAUCGACUGUCCAGUUUGAAAAUGUCAUCAGGGAGCAGUGAUGGAUCUACUAGACUGAACCUGGCCAGAUCUGUUCAUGGGAGAUCUGAUGAUGGACAAGUAAUAAAUGCAAAGUCAGAGGAUUCCUGCCACACAACCCAAUCACAACAAGACCUUCAAAUACCCAUCACCAAUAUAGAUGACAUUUUGUCAGACGUGAGCCUCUGCAAUGAUAAAAAUGCACACACCAAAUCCCCAUACAAAACAUUAUCUAACAAUCCUGCAUCCUGCUGUUCAAGCCAACAUACAAUAGCCCUGUCUGAGAAAGCUGGCUCUCAGGUUCCAAUACAGCCCAGCUCCCUGGAAUAUUUCAUCUUGGAUGCAGGAAGUGAAAAAGAUGCCAUUCUCCCUGUGGAGACAACACAUGUGAACCAAUUACAGGAAGAAAGCUCUGCUGUUUUGAGUGAAUCAUGUUCCAAAAGGCCUGAUGCUGGUUCUAAGUGCAUGUAUCCCAUAGAAGAUGACAGUGAUUCAAACAGUAACUCCACCAGUGACAACAGUGUGAUGGUCAAUACCAUGGCUGGCAGUGGUGCUCUUCUUCACGAGGCCUCCUCAGAUGAUGAGGAAGUGGAGUUUUGUUUAUGUGAUGCCCAGCAACCUGCUGCUGAGGGACUCUCACAUUUAAACCAGCCACCAAAUGGGUCUUAUCAGCAUCCCAGUAGUGAAAAUGAAAACAUAGAUCCGACAUUGUUAUUGCAGGUCUCCGCUGAUUCCUCAGUGACAAACAAAGAAAACUCUGUUAGAACAAUGCAAUACUCACAGCUCUCUCAGUUGUCAGGGGCCUCCUCCACAGAGCAACUAUGCCAAUCUUCCAACAGUACAAUACCUGUGUCUUCUAUAGAGUGCCACAUUAAAAGUGCCAUUGAACCCUGUGACCAAGUUAAAGCACAUAUGACAUCCAGUUCUGGAAGUCUACUCACUUACAGAAGCCCCUCCCCACACGAUACCCAAAGUGUCACUCAGGGUACUUCUGCAGCUGUGUGUGCAGAUGCUUCCCUGACCUCAACUUUAUUAAAGCAUUUGAAUACACAAACACCCCCUUUACCUUCAAUGGAAUCGGAUGCCUCAGGUUCAAACAUUGGCAGAUCAGACACAAAAGUGUCAGCACCAAUGAUAAACAAAGAAAAGAUCUUGGAGUGUAGAACUAAUUUAAGCCCACAUGCUAUCUCAGUGCUUAACAAGAACUCUGGGCUAAAAGACCUUGAUAAUUCAGACCAUCCCUCGUGGAGUAGUAGCUUUAAACUCCAAGUUGAAACUCAAAUCAGAUUAAACACGAGUGCUCCCAAAUUGAAGGGCCUUAGUAUUAAGAGUAAGAACAAACCAGAAAAGGAGCUUCUUCAAAAAGCUACCAGGAGUGAAAGUCCAGUUAAUUUAAACAAAAAUGCUUCUCCGAACCAGUCAACAAAAUUACUUCCAAUGGAAACCAUGUCCAGCUUUGUGAAGACCAAUAACCAGCCUGAUAUGAACAGUUGCCUUGAUUUGCCCAAAGUAGGUGACAGAAAGCAAGUUACUGAGCACGGGCCUCCAGGUGGCACAUUACAAACUGUCCAUCUAGGCUCCAAAGCACCAGCCAAAUCACAGAGCCCAUCACACACCCCUGCCACUCAGAGAACAUUUAUAGAAGUCCGACUGUCUACCUUAUCCUGUUCACCACCACAAGUUAUGGCACACAAUGAAAAGGUGAAUUCAAAAGACUGUAAACCUUCUCAAAGAGACACCAAUGCAAGAUUAGCACUCAUGUUUUCUCCUGCCAACUCCACAGAAGAAAAAUCAAACAAAGCUAAUUCAACCACAGGUAAUGACUCAAAACUCAGUACUGCUGUGGAGACAGGGGGGACCCUAAAGUCCAGCACAUCCAGACUCUAUGUAAAGACAAUAGAAAGGCGAAGCUUCUCCACAGACACGGCCUUGUCUGCAGACUACAGUCCCUUCUCUGUCAGACAUAAGAUAAAGUCCUUUGAAAACCUGGCUAACUUUGACAAGCCGGUGGCUAAAAGCAGUGACAUUCAAUCUUAUUCUCUGGCAUAUAGCACCUCACUUAACCAAAGGAUUGCUGGUUAUAUGGGCUUGGUUAAUUCCAUUGAGUGCCGGGCACGACAAAGGAGUUUUAGUUCUUAUGUGGAGAAUCUAAUCCCUACCACACCCUGCUCACCUCUUCUUGGUAAAUCUCCAUCUGGCAUUACACUGAUAAACCUUGAGCUUCCUCAUUCAAGCUGUAACACAGCUCCCCCGACUGAAGUUAAUUCUGAGACCCAAGUUCAAAAAUCUACAGAUGGGACUGCACCACAGACCCCUCAGGUGCUGCGGAGGAAACAUGGCAAACUUCCCCGCAGCAGGUUGCGGCAGCUCAGGGCUCUCAGUAUGCCUGAGUUGGAAAAACUAUGCACAGAGGACUUUACCAGAGACCAUGGUACAGCCAUGGAAACAACUGAGCCUGGCAGCUAUCCCACUGAACCUCUUAAAGCCACAGUGACUAAGAGCUGUCAACCCCCUGCAACCAUGACGAAAGUGGAUGUGUGCCGAGGGGAUCUUGGAUCCACUGACGAGGCUUCUCAAGAAACCCCGGAGGCACAUGGGCAACAGCCUGGCUGGUCAAUCAGUUUAAAGGAGCUGGCUGCUUCUCCUGUCAGUCAGUUGAAGCUGCAAACACUACUCUCCUCACUGACGGUUAAAUCAUACGUGUCAGCCCUGCUUGAAGAGGCCAAGACCCUUUCAGAGGUUAGUGAUAAUACUCACCUUGUGAUCCUGAGUAAAGAAGAAGGCUCCGGUCUUGGCUUUAGUAUUGCUGGUGGCGUUGACCUGGAGCAGAAGGCAAUAACUGUUCAUCGGGUCUUCACCAAAGGAACAGCUAGCCUCGAAGGCACAAUCCAGAGAGGUGACAGCAUUUUAUCUAUCAAUGGCACGAGUCUGGGGGGUAAAACCCAUGGAGAGGCUGUGUCUUGCCUACAUCAAGCCAGGUUGUCCAAUCAAGCCUUAGUAGUCAUCUGGAGAGACAAAGACAGUGAACUGAAUGUCUCUGACCUACAUGACUCGGCUGGCCAGCCAAAGAGGAUGAUGUGUUCAACCAGGAAGAAGUCUUUGGAAGCUAGAGCAGUGGUGAAUGUGGGUCCAGAAGGUGUUUUAAUGGUGGAGCUUCACAAGUCCUCUGCUGGCCUGGGUUUCAGUCUGGAAGGGGGAAAGGCCUCAAGCCAUGGGGACAGGCCUCUCACUGUCAAACGCAUCUUUAAAGGAGGUGCUGCAGAGCUGUCAGGGUCCAUUGAAGUUGGAGAUGAAGUUCUGUCUAUCAACGGCUGUUCUCUGGAGGGCCUCAUGCACCAUGAUGCCUGGAAAAUCAUCAAAGCCACAAAUGAAGGGCCCAAUCACCUCCUCAUUCGCAAACUGAGUACCUGAAAAUAAUGACUAGGGAAAUAAAAACCUCCUGAGAAGUAUCAAUGUGAAAUAGCCUUCUAAAGUAAUAAAAUGGACAAGCAGGCAAUUCUUUUUUUUUAAUUUUUACAAUUUUUCUGAUGAACUUAAUUCGAUUUUUUGUGUUUUGUCUUCUUACAUGUGUUUGUACUUAGAAAUAGGUCAAAGUGGAUGGACCACUGACUAUUGUGGUGUACAUUGCUGAAUCAUGAUUUAUUUCAUAUGGGAUUCUUUUUUUUUUUUUAAAUAAAGAUGUUAUGUU